CGCUGCUGAGAAAAUAUCUAUUUUUACACGGAAGAAAGAUAGACCUAAAUUAGCGGACUUCUGUGGAGAAAUUGGUGUGUAUAUAUAGGAGUCUCCACACCCAGGAGCUGCCUUACUCUUCGCCAUGACUGCUAUGAGGCGCUGGAGUGUCGUUUGGUCUCGGAGAUGGCGAGCGAUCGUGUGGUGUGGCCUGUGUCUGCUGUGUCUCUGCGGAGUUUUGCUGAGGGAAGCCUUGCCUUACCUCCUCCCGACGCUGUCUGACCACAGGACCCGGCGUUGCCCCCCCUCCCCCGUGGACGUGGAUGGCUGCUCUUCCUGGAGGCCCCUGCAGAUCCCGCACCCCGUCUGCGCCUGCUCCAGGAGGCUCCUCGUGCUGCAUGACGCAUGCACGGAUCUAGUGACGUCAGACGCGUCCGGAUACCUGAAUUACGUUCGUGAAUAUUUCGGCAAUUCGACGUGUUCGGACGAGGCGACGCUCCGAGGGCCUCACCAGCACGUUGUGUCCAUUUCCCUCCCGGCCGCCGCGGGGGAAGGGGACUUGGCUUCUCUCAAUCUCACCGUCAGCGAAAUUGUUGAAGUGUACAAAGGGUGGGUGGUGCGACUGUACACCCGAGUGACCCCCGAGACGCGCGCCGGCCUGUGCUCGCUGGUGUGCGCCCAACACGACGUCGACCUGUGUGACGUCACUCGGCUACCGUUGCCCAUACUGCCGAUCGUCACCGCGAGGGAGGAAGGAUCACCCGGUUGGAAAUGGGGUGUGUUGGGAGACCCUUUGGUGUCAGCGUGGGCAGUGCGGGAUGUUGGCACGAUUGUGUUGGCAAGAGAAGCUCACGCCCUCACGCAGUUUAUCAAUUCGGAUAAGUGUUGGCACAUGAUGGUGGACCACACUUCGCACGCCGGAGACCCUCUCGGAUCGCGCCUGCUGGGGGGCAAGACGUCCUGGGGCGGUCCGAUGCUAACUCACCUCCGACAUCGCCUUCUGCAGGAGGUUCACGGCCCGAAGGACGUCGACGGCAUCCUGGUGGAGGAGCUGCUUCCCGUGAUGGGCGAGGACGUGAUGACCCACGACAGCGUCACCUGCAGCCGCACCUCCGGGGCGCUCCCCUUCCCUAGCCGCCGUCCUCCCGGCCACUGGGUAGGGAUGCCCAGGCAGAAGUCACCCCUGCGCCGGCCCCUAGCAGCGGUUCCGAAGCCUGAAACCACAGCUCUGACCACCCAGAUGCCUUCGGCCGGGACGGUAGCCGGUUCUAGACCUGACGAAGGAGCGAUCGCAAGGAAGGUCACAAGUCCCCCAGGGAAAACCACGUCAUCUGUCCAGGGACGCCGCCGCUCCUCUAAAAAACCGUCGAAGGGUAAGGCGGAGGCUUCGAAGUCAGAGGAACCCAAAGAAGACGAGGCCAACGAAGAAGCAGGAAUACCCGUGUGCCCCGUGGCUUGCCGGCCGCACCUGCACCCUGACUGGCAAUAUUGUUGAUAUGCCAGGUUGUUCCAAGAAAGGACAAAGGCCAGUGUGCGUUCCUUGCACGUGGUCUGGGGAAUUGCAUGAAGACCGUAUGUUUAUGUGAUCAAUUCAUCUAUGUUAACCGUCUAAUGCGGACUUCGAACUUAUAAAUUAUUUUUAUCACAUAUACGAAACUCAAUGGAAGUAAAAAUCUAUAGUUGUA